GGAUGAAAAUUCGCGGAAAGUGCACUACAACAGAAAACUGUCGCGUGUAAAUUCUGUUACCAAAAUUAUUUGUAGUUGUCAAAGUAGCGCUUACCGGCAAAAUUGUAAACAGAAUGACAGGCACUGCAGAUUCCGAAAGAAAACUGCUGCAUACAACAGUUUUUGCACAGUGUUUUUCACCCUGUGGAAAGUACUUAGCAGCUGCAAACAAUUUUGGAAAAAUAGCAGUGUUCAGCUUAUUGUCUGCCCUUGCGCCUACUGCUGAUGAUGAAACAAGAAAACCAUUUUACAGUUUUGAUGGAGGCACAAGAGGUCGACCAAUAUACUGUCUGUUAUCUACUGAGACAUUCUUGAUCAGUGCUGGAAAUGGAGACAUCUCGGCAUGGACUUGGGCUGAGGUUCUUGACAAGGCUGCUAAGGAGGCUUGGACCCUCAAGAUACCAAAGUUACAGAUGUACUCAGAUCCAGAAACCAACAGCAUUGCUUUGAGCAAGCAGGAGACGGGUACAGAGCUGUAUGGUGGCUGUGGGGAUGAUAAUGUACACGUAUGGGAUAUCGAGUCCGGCAGGCUAACUAGAACCUUGAGUGGUCACAGGGCUUACAUUCAUGCUGUGUGCACCAAGAACAUGGGGCGCGAGUGUGUCUCAGCCUCAGAAGAUGGCUCCGUGAGAAUAUGGGACUGCAGGAUAAAGGGAGAGGCUGUUCACAUUCUGGAGCCAUACAAACACGAGAAGACUGCCCGCGCUGACCUCGGCAAGUGGGUGGGCUGUGUCACAUGCGACUCCAAUGAGGACUGGCUGGUGUGUGGUGGAGCCCCCCACCUGGCCGCAUGGCAUCUCCGCUCCCUGGAUCCCAUGACAACCUUCAACACACCUGCUGCCUCCCACAACACCGUCAUGUACCACGAAGACCUGUUGCUAUCAGGGGGAAGCACUCCGAAUGUGAACCACUGGUAUGUGAAUGGUGACUUGAAGGCCCAAGUGCCCUGCUCAGCCUCCAGUGUGUUCAGUAUUGCCAUAAACAGUAACUGCGACCCUUGCAAGGUGCUGUGCGUAGCUGGAUCCAGUGGAAUGAUCGACAUCUGCACAAACUUUAGCUACAAGGCUUUCUCUCUUGUCUUUGAUGUUUGAACAUCUCGAUCAUUAAUUUUUAAUGGCAUUGAAUUGUGUUCAUGGUGUUUUUUAUGACUGUCGUUUACUGUAAUGGUGUUUAGGAAUGAUGUCUGAAUAAAAUUGUGUUCAUGAA